UUCUCUUGCCUUCUCCUCCUCGGUGAACAAGGUACACCUCCAUCCCACAGCCAUGUCCUGCUACGAUCUGUGCCGUCCCUGUGGCCCAACCCCACUGGCCAACAGCUGCAACGAGCCCUGUGUCAGGCAGUGCCAGGACUCCCGGGUGGUGAUCCAGCCCUCUCCUGUGGUGGUGACCCUGCCCGGACCCAUCCUCAGCUCCUUCCCCCAGAACACCGCCGUGGGAUCCACCACCUCUGCUGCUGUUGGCAGCAUCCUGAAUGAGGAGGGAGUGCCCAUCACCUCUGGGGGCUUCAACCUCUCUGGCCUUGGUGGCCGCUACUACGGCAGAAGGUGCCUGCCCUGCUAAAGCCGGGCUGGACGUCCAGUGAGUGCAUCGACCAGGAAGCCCAAAGCCAGGUGCCGGACUGAGGACGGAGCUGGUGGCCAGGGUUUCCAGAUGGGUUGUGCCCCUUUGUUCCCUCCUGCAAAGGAGGGAGGGAAGCGAGGUGCCAGCCUGUGUUGUCUGGAAACAUGGCCAGCUGACGUCUUCCACUACUCCUGCUUUCUUCUCCACAUCAUGAGUCCCUGUUGUCUCCUGCUGUCCUGUGCCACGGGUUCAUCCUGAAACAAGUCGAGAGCCAUCCAGCUCAUCUUCCACUCUCCAAGUGUCUGUGAGGAAGCCGUGUGUCCGAUUGCUGUGAAGGGGUGCCUGACUGCCAGCUGCCCUUGUAGCAGCUUGGACUGGGUCCCUUCCACCAUGUGCUGCUUUAUUUCCUCUUUAUACUCAUUAAAGUCAAUGUUGCAUUGUA